AUGUCGUCCAACGCGUCCUCCUCUGCGACAACGAGCUGGUCGCUCCCACCCAACAUCGAUUCGAUCUCAUUCCGCAGCCCCUACCUUAUCCCCCUCUACCUCCUGCUCCUCCUCUUCUCCCUUCAACAGCUCCCCUUCCUCCUCGAACUCCUCUUCGCUCCCCCCUCCCCUUCCUCCGCCACCACCAACGCAUUCGUCGUACCCGCCAUCACCCGCCACGCGCGCUUCCUACCCACCCCUUCGCGCCACGCCUUUCGCUACAACACGCUCUACCUCGCCCUCCGCCUCGACAAGCUCGAAACCCGCCUCCUCGAUACGGGUCACGCCUUCGCCUGGAAAGGUGGCGUGCUUCAACCCGAGUUCGUCGACGAAUCCGCACUAGCCGGGAGGAAGAACGUCACACCCGCUGGCCGAACCGUCGCGAGUAGUGAGGAUGGGGAUGACUGGAAGAGGAAGAUGCGGGCGGCGGAGAGGAUCGAGAGGAAGAAGCUCGAGGAGAAGAGGGCAAGGAAUGAUCGGUACACGUGGAGCUGGACGGGGAUUCAUCCUGACGGAUAUUUGAGGAACCACAUUCCGGUGGGGGAUGAGGGGAGGGGAGAAUGGAUUCGCGGAUCGAUACUGCUGAAGCUGGCGUACGAGUUGAGAGAAAGAGGGUUUCUGACUGUAGGUCCUCAGGAUGAGGAUGUGGUGGGGGACAAGGAUUGGAGGAGUGAGUUGGGACAGGUGUGGACGGUCACGAUGCCAUCGGUUGUAGGGCUGACGGGGAUCAACCCGUUGACCGUGCAUUACUGUUUUCGUCCCGCGGGGUACGGUGAGAGCGAAGGCAAGGCGAUGCGAAAGAACGAGGAGACGAGAGGCGACUUUUGGCUGGUUGUGUUGGAGGUGCACAACACGUUCGGAGAACGACAUGUUUACGUUCUGGAAGCAGGGAAGGAUGAAGAUGCCGACGAAGUCACGCAGCAGCUUGACCCAGACACUCUACGCACCGAAAGCAAGCGCAAAAGGAGCGGCUACGACCACCAAUGGACGUUCCCACGCUCGUUCCACGUAUCCCCCUUCAACGACCGUGGCGGAUACUACCGCCUCUUCCUCAAACAGCCUUUCGCCGACGGAUUCACGUUCAACCUCGGCAUCCGACUGUUGCUUCUCGUCGAAUCGGACGACCCAUCCUCACCCACAAAGCUGGUCAAGAAGCUCAUGGCCACGCUCGACUCGGUCUCCACACCACCAGCUUCCAGCAAACCACAUCGCUCGACAGGCAGACACACACGUCCCCUCUCCCCAGCAACACUCUACGCAGCGAUCCUCCGACAACCCUUCGACCUCUUCCUCACAUUUGCACGUAUCCUGUACCAAGCUGCCAAACUGCACUUUGCCAAGAGACUGGACGCUUUCGGCAGACCGGACAUGGUUCAAGUCACCGAAGAGGUUCUGGCGCAGGAGGUGGCAGGGUACGAUGGCGUGGGACUUCCACCUGCUGUCAACCGGAUUCAGGCGCAUCGAUCUGCCGCUGCGGGUGCAAAUUCUAGCGCCGGUGGACUGCUCUACCCACCUGCCGGGUGGGCCGAAGGCGUGGCCAAGGAGUUCGUGGCUCAAGUACUGCAGAAGCGGGUGCAAGAGUUGCAAGCGGAAAGAGGCGAGAGAUGGACGGUAGAGGUGAGGUCGACGGAUCCAGCUGAUCCCGGGUUGAUUAUCACAAGCUCUUCCACGGCAGCCGAUUCGAAGGAGAAACACUUGAUUCUCUUCACUCGAUCACACAGCAUCUACGUGGAUCUCAUGACGUACGCUCCGCCUCGACUCGCCCUACUUCUCGGAAGCAUCGCAACCAGACGGUGGGGGGUCAACUCUGUCGAGCUGUUUGACGACUUCUUCGCCGGACCUGAUCGCGGGUUGUCGAGGAGCGGGGUGAGGAGGCGGUAUCUCGAAUUUUUGCUUGCGGAGGAAGCGGAUAGGGGUCGGGCAGCGCGACUUUUAGAAGCUUGGGGUGCAGGUUCGGCUUCGGAUGGGGGGAAGGAUGGGGAGGGGGAAGGUGGAUGGAAAGUCAACGUGGCUUUGUGGAUGGGGUACGUGGCUGCCGUGGCGGAGAAGAAGGUGUUUGGAUGGUUGGGUGCCAGAUAUGUCAAGGGCACGGAGCCUUGGUUGGAGUUGCAUAGGGGGCUGGAGUACAUCGAGCGGACAACAGGGGAAGAAAGUAAGCCAAAGAAGGGCGACGCAGGCUGGGACGAGAAGUUGGGGAGCGUGUACAGUGGAUAG